UUCAAGCUCCUGGUGCUGAAUUGCAUUGGAGAGUCCGCGAAGCACCUCGGAAUGCCUGCCCGGGUCUUCCACAGCUCUCUUUACCAAAUGGCAGAGGCAGAUUCCGAUGCCCUCGGGCGCCCGCACCACAUCCGGCACAGCUUCCAGGGCUUCGAUGCGUCUGAGUAUGAGUGGGACGUGAGGGCCGCUGCUGAGAAGGACGCAGAGGACGACGUGGUGAUCGCGCGGGGCUCCGUGGAGCACCAGGGGGACGACAGCAAGCGCAUGACCAUCCUGAUCGCCGAGAGCAUCCCCUUCACGAAGGGGGCCGCCAAGGGCAGCGACCUCCUACCGCUCUUCAAAGACAGCAUGCACAACAAGGUCGUGCUCCCAUUCGAGAUUGUGACCAAGAUCGUCGACAGCAGCCUGCUGACGAGAGUCCCCAAGAGGGACCGCCCCAGCAGGGCGCCCGCCGCCGCCGCCGCAGCCUCUGCCGGCGCUGCUGCCUCCGGAGGCGGCAAGAAGGACAAGGACAAGGAGAAGCCAAAGACCAAGAAGAAGGCCAAGAAGGAGACCUAGGGGUCGCAGGCCGGAGACAGGGGCACUCACGAUCCAGCAGUUCGGCAGGCUAGGCCGGAAACACAUAGUAGUGACCGUUUGAUGAUCCCGGCCAGAAGCCCUGGCCGCACGCUGCUAGCAUAAAUCGAUAUCCCGGCCGCAGAAAUGACGACCGGCUACAGGAGGCCUCGCCUCCCGGCUGCCCGUGUAUAGAACUAGGUCCGGAGUCCCUCCUCGGACUGGGUUCGCGGCAGCCGAGCCACGAG